UGAUUAAUUUCGAUCUAAAACCUUGCUAUCGUGAAAUCAAAAGAAACCCUAGCUCUCUUCCGUCUCUCACGGUAAUUUCUUUUUUUCGAAAUUAACAACAAAUUAAUUACGAAAAUCAAUAAAUCUGUUAGGGUUUCAAUUCGAAACCAUCAGAUUCGUACCCUAAUACAGGUUUCGUGCCAGUGAUCUCCAUAAUUGGUUCGAGAAAUCAUCGAUUUGCGAUUUAUUGAUUCAGAUCUGAAAAAUGUACAAUGGAUUAUGUAGGCCAGGGGUUUUGUGUUUUGGUUUUUAAAUUGACAAAUUGUUCAUGGAAAAUAGAAUAGGAACUUGCAAUGGAGCGGAAAUUCCUAGGAAAUCAAAAUCAUUGGAUCUUAAGAGCUUGUAUAAAUCAAGAAUUUCAAUGGAGUCUCAGAAUACGGAGUUGAAGAGAAAAAUUAGUUCAGAGGAUUCUGAUGAAAAAAAGAGGAAAAAGAGGAGAAAGAGUAGCAAAACUGUGUCCAUCAGUAGCUUAAGAAAUGUUGAUAAUUGCAAAAACAGUUUAGAUGAGGCGUAUAACGGAGUUCUGGGUUCAGGUUCACAUGAUUCAAAGUUGAAGUUGAGUCAUAAAAGGGAUGACAGUGGUGGGUUAAAUGCCAUUUAUUUGAGUUUAGAUGACAGCAGUUUUCAAAUCCCAAAGCGCAAACGUGGUUUUGUUGGGCGAAGAAAGGUUGAGGUUAGUCAAGAGUUGAAGCUACCGAGACAGUCUUGUAGUAAAGUGAGUGAUGAUGUGGUGUCUAAGGCAAUGGAUGGUAAUAUGGCUACAAAGGUUGAGUCUCCAAAGGAAUUGGCUACUCAGGUUGGGUCUCCAACAGAUUUGGGUGUUGGGGCCGAGUUUUUUAAGGAUUCUAGUAUUCAUGUUUUGCGGUCAAAGGUUAAACGCAAGAUGGGUUUCGAUAAUUUCAAGGAAAAGAGGGACAGUGAGUCAAAUGUGGCUAGGCUUUUGAAGGAGGGUGCUGGGCAUGCCAGUAAUUCAGCGGUAAGCGGUGGUGAGUUUUCUUUGACAAAGGUAAACAGAAAAAGUGAGUCAAAUUUAAAUUGGUAUUUGAAGGAGGGUGAGUGUGCUACUCAUUCAGUUGUGAACAAUCGUGAAUCUUUAAAGAAGUCGAAUAAAAUUAGCAAUUCAAAUUUGGCUGGGUGUUUGAAGGAGGAUGAAGGGUGUGCCAGUCAAUCGGUUGUAAAUAACGGUGACUCCUCUUUGAAAAAAUCAAGGAAGAAUCAUGACAAGAGAAAUGAUCCCACCUGGGAUAGAAGUAUUGCAAAGGAAGCCAAGCCGAUAAUUGAUACUUCUGUUGAGGCAUGUGGUGAUGCACUAGAUGAUGAAGAGAAUCUUGAGGAAAAUGCAGCUAUGAUGCUAUUGUCACGAUUUGAUCCUAAUUGCACUGGUUUCUCGUCAAAUGAAAAAUCCAUUGCAUCCAUGAAUGGCUUUUCUUUAUUGUCGUCAUCUGAACAAGACUUUUCUGGUCAUGAAUCUGUGUCAUUUGAUGCUGCUGGUAGAGCUUUACGACCAAGGACACGGCAUAAAGAGAGGGGCCAGUCAAGGAAAAGGCGACAUUAUUAUGAAAUUUUCUCUGGAGAUUUGGAUGCAUAUUGGGCAUUGAACCGGAGAAUCAAAAUAUUUUGGCCUUUGGAUCAGUGUUGGUAUUAUGGCCUGGUGAGUGACUAUGACAAAGAAAGCAAGCUACAUCAUGUAAAAUAUGAUGAUCGGGAUGAGGAAUGGAUUAAUUUGAGAAAUGAGAAAUUUAAACUUCUUCUGCUUCCUAGUGAAGUUCCAGACAAGGGUGCACGUAAAAGAUCCAAGAUAAGAGAGAAAGGUUUAGAACAGGGAAAAGGAAGCUUGAAGCCUAGCAAAGAAAAAGGAAAGAGAGAUAUGACGACAAAGGAUGAUAAAUGUAUGGGUAGCUGCAUGGACACAGAGCCCAUCAUUUCAUGGUUGGCUCGAUCUACUAAUCGAAUCAAAUCUUUGCCUUUACAUGCUAUGAAGAAACAGAAAAGACCUGAUCCAUCGCUGACUUUUGAGGCGUCAUUUUUAUCUCAUGAAGUUGUGAAGCCUGAUGUUUCUUUAGGAAGUGCUUUUUUGAAAGCUAAGAAUAACAAAUUGGCCAGUACAGCUAAAUUGUUAGACAGCUUUAUUGGUGGUAGGAGGAGCGAGGAGUCUUCCUCAUGUAGCCCAACUCACUCCAAAGAUAGCAAACUUCCCAUUGUUUAUUGCAGAAGGCGGUUUCGGUCAACAUCCUCAGGCAAUCAUGUUUCUACUCGCACACCUUCAUCCAUUACUUUGCUGGCCCCUUCCAUUGAUGGGUUUGUGGAUUCGGAAGAAUAUGAUAUUUGUAUGAAAAUGUUGGCUCCAGAUGGAGCUCUUCAGUCCACUGGUAACACAGAGCUAUUGAAUUUAACCAUACCACUUAUAGAAUCAAGACAAGUGAGGUUUGAGAUAUGCUUCCCAGUUCUUUCAGUUCUGAAAUAUGCAUUUGGGGCAGAGAAUUUUUGGCUGCUCCGUGCUGUAUUUUUGUUUCACUAUGGUACAGUGACAACAAUCUGGCCAAUUGUUAAUCUGGAGAUGCUUUUUGUUGAUAAUAUAGUUGGCCUGAGAUUUUUUCUGUUUGAAGGUUGCUUGAAGCAGGCUGUAGCCUUUGUCUUCCUCGUCCUGAGAGUAUUCCAUCGACCUAAUGAGCAGGGGAAGUAUGCUGACCUUCCAUUACCAGUAACUUCAAUCAGAUUCAAGUUUUCUUGCAUUCACAAUCUUGGAAAGCAGUUUGUGUUCACUUUCUACAAUUUCUCUGAAAUCAAGAAUUCGUUGUGGAUGUAUUUGGACACUAAGUUGAAAAGCCAUUGUCAGCUUAGUAGGCAAUUAUCUCUUUCCGAAUGCACUUAUGAUAAUAUUAAGGCAAUUCAAAAUGGAAGUAAUGUGUUAUCCAUGAAUUCUUCCCUUUGCAGAGACAGCUCUCUAACCAAGGGUUUAUGGAAGAUGUCUAGGCAGGGUGUCUCCAGGGAAUUUACUCGUGUAAAAGUCAGCCAGUUCUUCUUUCCAGACAGGAAUCAAAGAAAAUUUCCUCCGUUUGCUCUUUCUUUCACUGCUGCACCUUCUUUCUUUCUCAGCUUGCAUCUUAAGCUGCUUAUGGAACAUAGAGCUGAUCAUAUCAGCUUUCAGGGCCAUGAUUUGGUGGAGCACCCAGAAUGUGCUGCUACUUUGAUGAUGGAUGACUGUUCGAGUUUAGAGUACUGCUUGGACAAACAUCCUGAAACUAAUCAUGAACAUAAUGCAUCAAAAAGUACUCUUGAGAAUAAUGUGAAAGGUACCACGAGGAAUGCUGUUUCUGAUGGGUAUGUUUCUGUUGCAAAACCUGAGUUACCGGCGGUCAGUCUCUCUGCCUGUGUUGAUGGACGGUCAGUUAGAUCCCCACAGAAAUAUGAAAAUGGUGAUCUGAAUGGUGCUGGAACCUCUGGCAGUUCCCAGGAUUGUGAAGAAACUGGUGGUCAGGCAAUUGAUCGGUUGCAGAGAUGGCAAUGCUACAGUCCUAAGUUAGAAUGUGUUCGUUUUGAAAGACCUUCAGUUGACAGUGAUAAAACAGAUGCUGGGUCUCUUUCCCCUUUGAAUGGUAUCAGGGUUGAAAUUCCAAAUUUCAACCAAUUUGAAAGACAUGUUGAUAGGGAAUUCCGUAGCGCUCAACGCCCUACUGAUUUAAUUUGGAACAUGAAUGGUGGCAUCAUCCCUAGCCGAAACCCCACUGCCCCUAGAAGUACAUGGAAUCGAAAUAGAAAUAGUUUUUCAUCGUUUGCAUACCUCAAUCAAGGAUGGUCAGAUGGGAAGGAUGGCAUUGCCCGUAAUAAUUUUGGUUAUGGACCUAGGAAGCCACGCACCCAGGUCCCAUACUCCUCCCCGUUUGGAGGAUUUGAUUAUGGUUUGCGGAAUAGAGUCCAUAACCAGCAAGGGCUUCCGCAUGCAAGAAUUAGGAGGGCAAAUGAAAAGAGAUUGUCAGAUGCUACUAGGGAUUCCCAAAAAAACUUGGAGUUGUUAUGUUGUGAUGCGAAUGUGCUAAUUACACAUAGUGACAAAUGUUGGAGAGAAUGUGGGGCGCAAAUUGUACUAGAGCUUUCUGAUCACAAUGAAUGGAAGCUAGCUAUAAAACUUUCAGGAACCACAAGGUAUUUGUAUAAGGCUCAUCAGUUCCUGCAACCUGGAUCAACAAAUCGUUUUACGCAUGCUAUGAUGUGGAAAGGAGGAAAGGAUUGGACAUUGGAGUUUCCUGAUAGGAGCCAGUGGUUUCUUUUUAAGGAGAUGCAUGAGGAGUGCUACAAUCGUAACAUUCGUGCUGCUUCAGUUAAAAAUAUUCCUAUCCCUGGGGUUCACCUGAUAGAGGACUGUGAUGACAUUGAAACUGAAGUAGCAUUUGUUCGCAGUUCAUCUAAGUACUUUCAGCAGGUUGAAACAGAUGUUGAGAUGGCUUUGAAUCCAUCGCGUGUAUUAUAUGACAUGGACAGUGAUGAUGAGCAGUGGAUUAUGAAAAUGCGUAAUUCUUCUGAAUCUGACAUUAGUGGCUUGUGGGAAAUUUCUGAGGAGAUGUUUGAGAAAAUAAUGGACAUGUUUGAGAAGGCAGCUUAUUCUCAACAGCAGGAUCAGUUCACACCGGAUGAAAUAGAAGAGUUUAUGGCUGGAGUUGGUCCCAUGGACACAAUUAAAAUCAUUUAUGAGCAUUGGAGGGAGAAGAGGCUGAAGAAAGGAAUUCCUUUGAUCAGACAUCUCCAGCCUCCAUCAUGGGAAAGAUAUCAACAGCAAGUGAAAGAGUGGGAGGUAGCUAUGUCUAAAUCUAACUGUGUCAUCCCAAAUGGAUGUCAGGGGAAGGCUGCUCCCAUUGAGAAGCCACUCAUGUUUGCUUUCUGUUUGAAACCACGGGGAUUAGAAGUGCCCAACAGGGGUUCGAAACACAGGUCACACAGGAAGAUCUCAGUUUCUGGUCACAGCAAUCUAGCCAUGGGAGAUCAUGAUGGAUUUCAUAAUUUUGGAAGGAGAUUAAAUGGGUUUGCUUUUGGGGAUGAAAAGGUUGUAUAUACAGGACUCAACUAUGAAUAUUUAGAUGAUUCUCCAUUGUCUCAGACGUCACCAAGGGUAUUUUCUCCCAGAGUAUAUUCACCACGUGAUGCGGGCAGCAUUAGUUGUUUCUCCAUGAGCAGAUAUGGAUUUGAUAAACAUCAGUACCAAAAACUUCAGAGGGGCAAGUCAAAGAAAUUCAGGGUAUAUGAAUUCUCAUAUGACGCACCGAUGGUGUCUCCAUGCAACCAACAAAUGAUGGGCAAGAGAAAUGGAAUUUAUAGGUGGAAUAUGGGCUAUUCUGAGUGGUCAAGCCAGAGACAUUUACACCCAGAUGGGUCUCAAAGGCAUGGCCCAGGACAACUGGAUGGUUCUGAUCUUGAUGAGUUCAGGCUGCGCGAUGCAUCUGGUGUGGCUCGGCAUGCACAUAAUAUGGCUAAGCUGAAGAGAGAAAAAGCGCAGAGAUUGCUCUAUAGAGCUGACUUAGCAAUUAGCAAGGCUGUGAAUGCCCUCAUGAUCGCUGAAGCCAUUAAAGCUUCUUUUGAUGACGAAAAUAGUGAUGGGUAGAAUGACCAAAUAAGAUGAGAUGUUGAGGAAAGAAAGCUCGCCGGCCCCCAUCAACUUGCAGUUCUGCUGCCCUAAGGUCGUAUACAGUUGCCAUUGUCUUUGCUGGGAUGGUCUCGAUUUUUCCUUGUCAAUGGCAGGAGGGUUUGCAUUGAGGAGAGAAAAUUUUGGCUUAUUGCCACAUGUCGUGGCAGUUCUGGUGUGCAAUCUUGCGUAUUUUCUAGCCACUGGUUUUUCCGUUCAAGCAGCAGGUUUACUCAGUUCGCUGCAACUGUUGUACAUAUCCUGCAGGGAAGGGGGUAAGGAAUUUUGGCUGCCAGUCUUUGUAUAGAUUUUAUUUUCCCCCUUCUUUUUCAUGUUCCUUUUCCCCCUUAACCUUGAUGUUGAAAGUAGCAGUUGGUCCAAAUAAUACUACACCCUAUCUAAUAGUACAGACCGGGUUGCAUAUCUGAAAUAGAGGAGAGAUAAUGCUGUAAGUAAUUUCUUCUAAAUUUUCAUAUAGAUUCAUUACUGGCUUAGUAUC